UGUGCAGCGGAGGAGCCAAAGGAGGAGAGCCUCGUGUUCAGGAGGCGACUGAGUGGACCCCGCACACGACACGUCCCACGCCACAGCCACCACGCUGCUUUUUGAUUGCGGGAGCGGAAGGAACUUUGAUCCGAAGCCAAGUGUGUUUGCUCGCCUGUAUGCGUGCGUGUGUCCCCGCCACGAGAAUGAUGACAUCGAAGGCUCGCGGAGACACAUGAUGUCCCUUUGUCAAUAUUUUUGUGCUCUUUUGCUGACAUUCUUUCUCGUUCAAUUCGCCAUUCGCGUGUGAACGUGACGGCGUCCUCAGCGCAUUGUUUCCACCUCAUCUUUGUAUGUGGGAUUUCCUGCAGCGAUGUCUGCAAUAUUUCGCUAUUUGUUUCUGGUUCUCCUCAGUCCACUGUCAGGAGGUGCCCAGACCGAGAUGAAGAAGGUAGUCGGGGACAACGCUACCUUACCUUGCCACCACCAGUUCCAAUCAUCUGGCUCAAUUGACAUUGAGUGGCUGCUACAGAAACCUAACUCCAAACAGAAAGUGUUAAUUUCGUUCUUCAGUGGCCACGUGUACCUGUACAGUAAUGAGGCAACGAGCACGGAUGCCAGUCGCUUGUCCUUUGCUGGGGAGUACCUUGGAGGAGACGCUUCCCUGCUGAUUAGUGACCUGCUGCUGACUGACUCAGGAGAGUACUACUGCAAGGUCAAAACAGGGGGGAAGUACCACUGGAGCCAAGUCAACCUCAUUGUGCUGGUGAAACCCUCAAAGCCCACCUGUCGGAUGGAUGGCGAUCUCCUGGAAGGUAGUGACGUCAAGCUGAGCUGUAAGUCCAGUGACGGCUCUGACCCCAUCAACUACAAGUGGGAGCGAGUUCUAGACAAAGGCAAAAGCCUGGGCAAAUUGCCAAACAUGGCACUGAUUGAUUUGAAGAAUCCUGAACUGGUGACUCUGCGGAACCUCACCAUGGACAGCACAGGUGUCUAUAGGUGCACGGCUAGCAAUGACGUGGGAGAGGAGAAUUGCACCAUUGAGGUCACAAUGGAGCAUGUGAGGGAUAUGGGUAAGGUGGCUGGUGCAGUAGUGGGAAUUUCCCUUGGUGUGCUCAUUGUCAUAUUAAUCAUCUGGCUUGUCUUCCAAACGAAGGAGAAAAAAAAGUAUGAGGAAGAGGAGACUCCCAAUGAGAUAAGGGAGGAUGCAGAGGCUCCCAAGGCUAAGCUGGUAAAGCCAAACUCCCUGUCCUCAUCCCGAUCCGGCAGCUCACGCUCAGGUGCCUCCUCCACCCAAUCGAUGGUGCACAACAGUGCCCAGCGCGGUCACCGCCCACGCCCACCUGCAGUCGCAGCGCUCAAGGAAAAUGGACAACCUCCGGGCUUUCCCCAGUCCCCUCCAGCCUACACUUCUGUGGUGCCACCCAAGACCCCCGAACCCCACACCACUCCCAAAUUCAACUCCAGGAAUAUGUCUGGGCCAACACCCCCAACCCUCAUGGUCCCGGCCCAGACCAAAGCCUUCCAGACUGUGUAGGACUGAAAGAUAACUCCUUCCUACAGCCAUGGCAGACUCCGAUCCUGACCCUACAACCUUGCACCCCUUUCCCAAAGACUAAGACUCUUCCAUAAACAAAGAAAUGCAACUAGUUAAAAGGAUGUAAUCAAAAAUUCAAUACUAUAAGUCCAAAAGUACUUCAAAUGAAUGCAUACUUAAAAGGGAAAAUAUGAAAUGCUUGCCCCCUACUGAAUAACAUAAAAGAAAAAAAAAAGAUCAGAGACGAGGCACUGUUUGUGUCUUGUGACUCAAGGAAGAAAGCACUCUGUGCAGCAAGCUGAAAGGACCCCCUAGUUGAGUGUUUAUCUAAUCAAAAUUUUAGGCAUGUAAUGGAGCAAAGGGGUAGAGCAGAUGAAACAUUCAAAGCUGGAUGACAGUAGAAGUAGCGCCCUCCCACCAUGAGACGUACAAGAUGCAGACUGCAGAUGUUUUCUCCUCUUGCAGGAAGAUGAUGUCAUCUCCUUUCAGCACCUGAUCCGAAACCACAAACCCCAUUUGCCACCUGUGGGUUGACCCAGUUGUACCCAUUUGUGCAGACGGGCACAUCAUAUUUUUGUGUUUGGGUGUGUGUGUGCAUCAUCAACCCCUCUGAUGAGGAGCCCAUGAGGAACCUACUUAAAUUUGUUCAUCUGACUGAACAGCCCAAUCUGCUUUACCACCAGCAGGGCAAACUUCAGGUAUAAGGAUGUAGCACUAACAGUGGAGUCAUAUCAGUGGAGUCUUCACCUCUUUUCUGGUACUGAUUACCUAACUCAUAUUAAAUAUGAUAUGCUAAGCUUAUAGACAGAAGAUGCUUUUAAUAUAGGGAAUGAGCAUCUGUUAUCGUGAAUUGAGUGUUUUUCACCUCCCAUUUAUGUGUUUCUUCGAUUUGAGUUGGUCAAGCAGUUGAAAGACAAUUUGAAGUGCCACCAGUUCCUAAAAGGGGUUAUUACUAUAAUUCAUUUUAUUUGCUUUUGUUGUCCUGAUGUAUUUCAGAUGUGAAACCAUGAAUGUGUAAUGGGUAAUGAGGAUGGAUGGCAUUCUUUCCGCUCCUAGUAAGGUAUUGAAUUAAUACGUAUAUAGAACUUACCUGGUAAACCGUGUUCUAUCUUUCUGGUGUUAUCUUCACUUCUGUGACUUAUUUUCACUCUUUUAAUAUAACAUAAAACAGCAACGAUAACUGAAAUUCAAAUGUUCAGUUAUUUACAAUUGUAGUUUUGUGAUGUUCACUUUAACAGUACAGUAUUUAAUUAAAUUAAACACAGCAGGAAGCAGAAUACCAUGCCAGCAGAAAGUUUGGAAGAUUCUACUUGAGGCAGAGGAGUAACUGACAGACCAGGCAGUUGUCGUAAAGACCAAAUGUGGUGGUUUUGCAAGCUUUUGUUUUUCAGAUCAACCAGUAUAUAUAUUUCUGAUUCUGAAAUUCUCAGCAGUUUUUCAUGUUCCUGGAGCUACUUUUUGGAGAAGCGACAGUUUAAUCAGAAAGCGAUGCCACUCCAUUAUGAACUUGAUUUGCAAACUUUCUGUCUGCAUUAGCUUAUUGCAGCCUCUUUUCUUGUCUGCUUUCCUCAGUCUGACUACCUAACCAUUUAUACAUUAUGACAUCGUACCAUGAAUUAGUGAAGAUAACCCAAAGAGACGAGGCUGAAGUUUUAGAAGCUAUGAUGAAAAGGUGUCAAUUAGGCCCGAUAAUAGGAUUGAGAAGUAUGAUGAUUUCAGUUGUAAGGAGUGUGCAUGGUAUUAUCGGAACUCUCAACGGAUUUAUUUUAAUGGAGUGGCACUGGAUGGCGAUCUGGUUGAAUGUGUGGGUGCUGGUGUGUUAUUGUUCCAUCUGUGCUUUCAGCCAGUGCCACUUUUGUUACAUAGUCAAAGACCUAGUGCAGUUUGAUUGAACGUAGCUUAAAAUAGAGCAAGUAGCCUCUUUAUCUAUUGUGCCUUUGCAAUCCCUUAUUCCACGUUUUCUUUCUUUGUCCUUAUCUUCAGCAAACCGUCUUACCGGCUCAGAGGGUCAAUAGGGGCAAAUAUCGGUAUUAUUUUAAUAAAUCGCCCCCCAAAAAAAUGGAAACAUUCCAAUGGGAAUUACACAUUACUGCAAAGUAUCCAUUGUGAGAGUGCAAUCCUAUGUCACUGGACAAUGUACUGUACAUUAUGUAAUCAGUGUUGUUUUGUAUUGUACAUACAGAUAGGUAUACUCACAUGAUGUCAUUUGAUGAAUUAGGAUAUGUGAUGGGAGAUUGGCUCCCUUCACUGGUAUGAGUCAAAUGGAAAACCCAAAGGUGAAUUCAAAACAUGUUGUUUUGCAUUUUAAAUGACAUCCUUAAAUGAAUAUGAUGCUAGAAAAAAACAAAAAUAUAUCCAGCUGAGAGCAACAUACCGUAUCGAUACAAAUACAAGCAUGGAUUGCAUCCAUCAUGUAAUCGGGGUCGCAGUUGGUGCAUUUGACAGAUAAACCUGGAAAAUGCUAAGAUGCUUCCUUUUUCUACUAAGCAACCUUUAAAUGUUUGUGGGUGCUCACAAUAUAUAACUUUGCAUUUAAAUUUUGUAUUUGAACGGUUAUAUGGAAUGGUUCAAUUGUAUUUGAAAAAUGUUCGAAAGAUAACGUCAGCUACAGUGGAACCUUCAAAGUCAGACACAUGCUGUUGAUUUCCAAUGUACCAUUUAAAUUCAGCUUCAGGUUUGGGUUUUUCACUUGAAAAUACAAGCAGCAAACUGUGAAAACUGCCUGGUAUUAAAUGCAUCACUCAGAAUCUAAACUAUUUCCAAAAAGCAACAUAGUAGGAAAGACAUGAUCUCUUUUCAUGGGCAUGGAAGGGGGGGGUGGUCCUGAACACCCUGGAGAGGUCCCAUGAAAAUUCUGAUUUAAAAAAAAAAAAUAGAAAUGUUUAUGUCUAAAACUGAAGUCGAAAAGGUCACAAGAUAAAUGAUUUCAAUAUUCGAAUACUGGACAUUUGUUGGUAAAAAAAAAAAAAAAAAAAAAAAUCACUUUACAUGUGGGACAUCCCAUCCAACUUGUCAGUGAAGGGAGAGGAAAGAUGCUUUCUAUAAUAAACUAGACAGCAGUUCAUAUCUGACCAGGCAAGCUAGUGUGCGUGUGCAUGUGAAUGCGCGAGUGACUGGUGGGGGCGUGUGCAUCAUAAUUCAGUAUUAGCCCGUGGGCCACACCCACACAAUGUACUGUCAGCCAUUCAGCAAACGAGAGACAGGAUCUAGCCAGGCUAAGUAGCCUUGAUUUAACAAUGACAUGAAUCCAGACUGGCAUUAUUUAUUUUCAUUUGUACUAAAAAGUCCAUUGAAGCUGGCCUUACAAGUGGCAGCUAUGUUUUUGCAUGUGGGGGAGGGCGUGUUGAGACACGCAUGUACAUAAUUCAUAACCGGCCUUCAUUCUUUUAGACUUGGCCCUGGAGUCCCCUGCACAAGAAUAUUAUGCACAUGCAAAAACUAAAGUAGUUUGCAUGUGGAACAAAGUCGUGAGAUGUGUAUCUUUUGAUCUGGGCUUAACUGGUUAGAUCCUUGAGAAUAUGAUGCUGCAUUCUAGAUGUCUGAGAAGCAGGAAGAAUCCCAAUAGAAAUUAUUGAGGUCACACUUCAAGGCAUUACCAGUGAAAGGGCAUUGCUAUGUUGCAUUAGAUUACUUAGGAGAAAUUUCAACAAUUUUGUGAUGCACUUAAGUUUGGAAAUUCUCAGCUUUAUGGAACCUGGAAUGGAUUUUUUACAUGGUCUGAGACAUUUUAAACAAUUCUAACUGGUUCAUAAAGGCAAUGACUUUGGUGUGGGCAAAGAAACACUCAAUAGAUGAAAUUUCUCCAGUGUAUCCUGGUGUAAAGUGUUUUUUUUUUUCUUUUUUUUUUUUUUUUUUUUGAAGAACAAGAAUAGAAGCAACCUUAACUCCUGUCCUCAUACUUUUCUUUAGGUUAAGUUUUCGCAAUAAUUUUGUUCAUAUGUCUGCAUUUCAUGAAAAAGACCUCACAGUUUCCCUCACAGUCAGUUUGAUGGUUUGAAUGUCUGAUUUUAUAUUAACUAAUGGGAAUAGUGAAGCAGACAAACUUACUAACAGUAUCAACACAGAGCCCCUUGUAAAGACAGCCGUUGCAUUUUAACAAUUGCGUCCUCCAAGAUGAUGGUUGUCAGAGCACUAUAGCACUAGGAAUCAGGAGGAGUUUUUUCAAAUGCGAUUGAUAUCAAGCCAAGGCUCUUGACAUUGAAAUUCCCUCCGCUGCCGAUGAAAGCUACAAUAGCGACAGUGAUGGUGGAGGAGGAAGAAGGGAUGUAAGUCUUCCAGCUGUUCACACUCCUCCAAACGCUUUGACUCAGGUGGCAGAUCCCUGACUUCAUCCUCUCGUGUGUCGCUUUCUUUUAACAGAUUUCCAUUAGCUCAGUAGGGAUUAGAGGCCACACACGCACACACUCAUUGUCAUCUUUUAGAACAGUAUUCUAUCAACAGUGGACGUGUAUUGUCUCAUCAUCAACACUCUAGUGUUAGGUUAACUUGUGUUGUGUGAUAGCCACAAUGUGUUUUUUUUUUCAAGAAUUCUUAUUUUUCUGACUUGAGAGGAGAGCAAAAUGAUGCUCAGACUUUUGAGCUUCGUAAUAUGUGCGUUUUACCUAAAAGUGACGAACGGUGCUGAAGUCACUCUGAAAACGGGAUGUGAAGGGACCUGCAUGUCAUACGAAACUGAGCAAAUGAAUGAGAAUGCUUUGAUGUAUCAUACCUUUAUUUGGACAAAGAAUUUAAAAGAUCUACAAUGUAAAUAUAUUCACAGAAACAUUUAUGGAGUUUUAUUUUUUUUUUUUUGUAUUAUU